CCAGUCAUGAUUUCACGUGAUGUUACCUGGUAGUUAUCAUAUAAGGAGGCUUUCGAGCUGUUAACAGUAACAAGAAAGAAGUCAUCCAUUCUCACACAUCCUACACAUCCUCACACAAUCUUACAUUGGCCUAUAGUCAUUCAGAAUGGGCAGCAAUUCUAUCACCUGGCUGGAGAAGCUGGAGGAGCAGUUAAAUGUCGACGUUGAUUCUAUGGAUCCGACCUUUGCGAAGAGCCUUCCCUUCAAGCCACACAACCAAACCAGCAACCAGUUGUUGGUGAACGAGCAGAUGUCCAUCCCCGAGAAUAAGGAGCUGUUUCUCAAGGCGGUAAAGGAGCGUAAAGAACAGGGCUGGGAAGCUAUCCUCACACGCAUUAGCGUCCUCCUCUGCGCCGAGAACAUCGAUAACAUUCAAGGCCGUGUCUUGUUGCAAACAUCGCCAUUCCACGCAUACGACACAGAUAAGGUUGUUGAGCAUGCCCGCGCAUAUGCGCGCGAAUUCGAGAGCGUUGGAAUCUCCAAGGAUCGAUUCUGCAUUAAGAUUCCUUGCACUGGCCCUGCCAUGAACGCUGGUCCUAUUUUGCUUAAAGAUGGCAUCCGAACACUUGGCACUUCGCUCUUUGGACUGCCACAAGCAAUUGCUUCAAGCCAAGCUGGAUGUCUGUAUAUCAGCCCCUACUAUAACGAGGUGCGCGCCCACGCCGAGCUGGCUCUCUGGCCAGAUGUCGAAGAUCCGGCAACACAACACACCAUGUCUGCAAGAAUGAUACAGAUACUAGAGACGUACAAACGUCUCUACAAGGAGACAGGAAAGGAACAGCCCAUGGUGAAAUCCGCUAGUUUCAUCUCUCCUAAGGAAGCAAUGGCUGCUGGUGAAAUGGGUUGCCACCAUGCCACCAUCUCGUCUGAUGUACUCACUCAGCUCAGCAAGCUCGACUAUGACGGUAGCAAGCAGCCAGGAGAAGGCGUACCAAAGCCCAUGCAUGCGUACAAGGGUGCAGGUCCAACCCCCGCCCGACUCUUGAAGCUGGCAAAGACAGACCCACUCGCAGCGGCGAACUGGGAUGGCAAGUUGGCUAGCACCGACAUAGACUACCUUGCAAACAAUGGAGCCGAGCUAGAAAAGGCUAUCGAGGCGGAUCCAGUCACCAAGACCCGCCUGUUUGAAGCACUUGAUCUUUUCAAAGGCGGGGAAUUGCGAAGCAAGGCGGCGAUUGAGGAGGCAAUGAAACAGGUAUAAGGCAACUGUAUAGGUUCGCUUCAUCAUAGCACUUCCUAUUUCCUACAUAGCACAGAAUGGUUAGCAUGAGAGUUAGCAUUAUAAAUGGCGUUCACGUACAUUUCUGAUGCAAGAUCAAACUGAAUACCAAGGCU